CAAGGUCAUAAUCUUAAUCGGAGUUCAUAGAGCGAUUAACAAGAGAGUUGAACAGAAGCCGAAGGUGUUUAAGAUGGCAAAUGAUCGUAGAUUUUUCGUUGGUGGCAAUUGGAAAUUAAAUGGCGAUAGACAGAGUAUCGAUGGUAUCAUUCAGUUUCUUAAUGCCGGGCCUCUUGACGAAAAUACAGAGGUAGUUGUUUCACCACCAGCCAUAUAUUUAGAUUAUGUGAAAAGUAAACUUGGUGCCAGUGUAGCCACAUCUGCCCAGAACUGUUACAAACUGGCAAAAGGAGCAUUUACAGGUGAAAAUAGUGCUGCAAUGGCAAAAGAUGUUGGAGCUACAUGGGUGAUUCUUGGACACUCUGAGAGACGCCACGUUUUUGGAGAAACUGACGAGCUCAUUGGUGAAAAAGUGAAACAUGUCCUCAGUGAAGGUUUAGGAGUUAUUGCAUGCAUCGGUGAAAAGUUAGAAGAACGAGAAGCUAACCAAACAAAUAAUGUUGUAUUUCAACAAACUAAAGCUAUUGCAGCUAACAUUAGUGAUUGGAGUAGAGUAGUAUUAGCCUAUGAACCAGUAUGGGCAAUAGGUACUGGUAAAACAGCAUCACCAGAUCAAGCUCAGCAAGUACAUAAAGACUUACGUGAAUGGUUAGCUCAAAAUGUAUCUCCAGAAGUAGCACGGACUACUAGAAUAAUAUAUGGAGGAUCUGUUAGUGCUGGAAAUUGUCGUGAAUUGGCAACAAAGGGUGAUGUGGAUGGUUUCUUGGUUGGCGGUGCAUCUCUUAAACCAGAUUUCGUACAGAUCGUUAAUGCAAGAAAAGUAUAAUACACUCUAUUAUAGUGCUAUUUGAUAUAUGUACAGUGCUUUUAGAUUCAUCUUGUAAACCUUGGCUCAACCUUUUAGUAUUCAGUAAUCCAAUGCUGGUAUUAAAACUCCUUUUAUUCAUUCAAAAACAUGACCAUUUACUGUCUUCAAUGUUAAUCCACCCGAGUUAACAGUAAUUCUUGGCAUUCAGGUUUAGUAGGUGUUUCAAGUUUUUCAUUGUAAGCAUCUACCCUUUUUUCAAAAUUUUGGGACUUAAUUAUAAAAAUUGACAGGGGUUUUUUUUUGCAAAUAAUAAUAAGCCAAAACAUGAUGAAUAUAUAUUGUUGAGAUUAAUAAACACCUGCUUCGAUAUAUUGUGGUUAGAUUUGGGGAAGGUUGAAUGAUGGGGUGGAAAUUGACUUUUUGCCAAGACGCCACUUUAAUACAGCCGACCCACUUCUACCAGCAGCGGUUGAAAUGUAUAAAAGUAAUUGACAUAAUUUAUUUGUUGUUAAUAUGUAGUCUAUUACCAGUAUGGUAAAUACAAAAUUAAAUUACCCAAUGUAGUAGAAUGCCCAAAGUAACGUUAAUCUAAAAUGUUGUGCCAUAACUUGUCAAUAUAAUUAUUGAUAAUUUUAUGUAUACUGUAUUGUCCUAGGAUUGUUAUGUAUAAAUAAAAACAACAAUACAUCUAGUAAACUCACUCAAUGUAACUUACAAAAAAAGUAAUAAAAAGUUGUGAAUUCAAAACAA